GCCAUCCCCACACCACAGACACAUUUCCUCAAGGCCGAAUUCUUCAGCAAGGCCGGCCGGCCGGCCAGCCAAUGAAACCUCUCCUUUGUACAGAAUGCAGAAAUUAUUUUCCCUCUAUUCAGAAUGGACAGAAAAGAGGAGAGAUGCGAAGGACACAUUGGCCCGAGGUGCAGUCAUCCCAGUACCGCAUCGGCCAGCUGUACAUGAUCAGCAAGCACAGCCACGAGCAGAGCGACCGGGGCGAGGGCGUGGAGGUGGUGCAGAACGAGCCCUUCGAGGACCCCGCGCACGGCCAGGGCCAGUUCACCGAGAAGCGCGUUUACCUGAACAGCAAACUCCCCAGCUGGGCCCGAGCCGUGGUCCCCAAAAUCUUCUACGUGACAGAGAAGGCCUGGAACUACUACCCUUACACCAUCACAGAGUACACGUGUUCCUUCUUGCCAAAGUUCUCCAUUCAUAUAGAAACAAAAUACGAGGACAACAAAGGCUCAAAUGACAAUAUCUUCGACAGCGAGGCCAAGGACGUGGAGCGGGAGGUGUGCUUCGUGGACAUCGCCUACGACGAGAUUCCCGAGCGAUACUACAAGGAGUCCGAGGACCUGCGCUACUUCAAGUCGGAGAAGACGUCGCGGGGCCUGCUGCAGGAGGGCUGGCGGGACACGCAGGAGCCCAUCAUGUGCUCCUACAAGCUGGUGACCGUCAAGUUCGAGGUGUGGGGCCUGCAGACGCGCGUGGAGCAGUUUGUGCACAAGGUUGUGCGGGACGUCCUGCUCCUGGGGCACAGGCAGGCCUUCGCCUGGGUGGACGAGUGGAUCGACAUGACGAUGGAUGAGGUGAGAGAAUUCGAACGGGCCACCCAAGAAGCCACCAACAAGAAGAUUGGGAUUUUCCCCCCGGUGAUCUCCAUCAGCGAGACCCCCCUGCCGUCCUGUGCCCGCACCGGCCCCUCCAGCGCCCCCUCCACCCCCCUCUCCACCGAGGCGCCCGAGUUCCUCUCCGUGCCCAAGGAUCGCCCCCGCAAGAAGUCGGCCCCCGAGACUCUCACCCUGCCCGACCCCGCCAGGAAGGAGUCUUCCGGCUUCCGCCUCCCCACCCUGUACCCCUGGCACUCCAGCACCAAUCAGAACGAGUGACGGGCUCUGGCCCCUCCCACCUCCUCCUCCUCCUCCUCCUCCUCCUCCUCCUCCUCCUCCUCUUCAAAUGAAUCCCACGCCCACGCCCGCGCCCACGCCUGUCUGCCCCAUAGCCCCAUUGUAAAUCCUUAAAGCCACAGGCAGUGCGUAAAAUAGCCAGUCCUGAAACUUGCGCGGGGUGAUUUCUCGGGUCACAAUAAACUCGCCGGCUGUGCCGCCAGCAGUCGUCCCCCAAAAUCUCACGGGCCGUCCCCCUCCAGUCAUCCCACAGCUCUACAGGUGGUGUUUCAGUUGCGAAUUCCCAAACUGAUAGGCGAUGUUCCAAUCAUCAUCCCCUCCCCCCCCCCCCCCCAAAAAAAAACAACAAAAAAAAAGCUCCCUGGCCGUGUCCCGGUUCCUCUUGCCCAAGCAUUCUGGGAGUGCCUCUGCCCUCUGCGCAGACCCGGCUGGGGUGUGCCGAAUCAGACCCCUUUCAGAUGGCUGCUCGUCUGGCGUCAAGGAACCAGCAGGGUGCGCAAAGCGGUCUGAUUCAGCGAAACGCUCCAGCCGUUUGCCAAGAGAAUUUGCAUUAAAUGUUCUGUGUUCUUUUCCUUACGUGUGCUCUUUCUUUUUUUUUUUCUUUCUUUCCCCCAGAAAGCCUUGACUUAUAAUACACUUGAAGCCCAGAAUGUUCUAGUUUAAACAAACGACUGUUCUCUCAUUAAAAAUUUCUUCUCAAUCACGCAAAACUUUGAAAGCAGAUGCCCUACGUGUGGAGCUUAGGCCCGGGUCGUCCUGGCGACGCGGCGUUGCGUACGCUGCCGGCGAUCUGCGUUUAUACCUGCCGCAGUGCGAACGCGGCGUGAAUGAAAGGGUUAAUCGCGGGAGGUAGAAUCAUCGCGAGCGUCCCGUCGGCUCGGGAACGCGCGCCCUUAACGCGAGGGGCGGCGUCGGUCCGCGUCGCGCGACGUGCCCGCCCGGCGUGUCUGAAAGUGGCGGGGUUUUGUCUGCGAAGCGUGCGCGGCGGUUUUGUUCAGGAGCUCUUCUGCUAUCCGCGUCCGCCCUCUCUGUCCUUUGGCUCCUUCCUCUCAGCUCAGAUCUGAAAGCUCGCGGAGAAAAAAUCGUACAAUCACCGAUCGAGACGACGGCACUCAGGUCUGCUCUAACCUUCUGCCUCAUGGAUGCUUUUGAUACACAAAGCAAAAAAAAAAAAAAACCUGCCUCUCUCUUACUCGCUGGUUUUAACAAUAUUUACUCAAGUUGUAUUUUUCUACACGUACCGACAUAUCAGUAUACGUUCACACGUACCGGGUCCUGGUAGGUUUAUACCCAACACACAACCACACAGAAGGGAGGAGCGUGUAAAAAAACGAAUGUUGAAGGCAUGUGGUGAACAUCGAGAGCCGGCGAAUCGUAUUACAUCGUUUGAAAGGGACGGAUGUAAAAAUAAACAUGCCUUUGAGGCUCUGUUCUCAGAUCCCAGGCGGGAGAGUGUAUUGGAAAAAUGGCACAUGAACUACUGUGAACGUUUCUGUAAUACACGGAGAAUCUCGUCGAAGCUUGAACUCUAAACGGGAAUCUCUGUUCCUGUCAUCACCUUGGUCACGUAGGACAUAUGAGUAAUGUGAAUAUUGUGAUCAUAGCGAGGGAACUUAACUUUGUCCCUUUUUUAAAUAAUCAGUAUGAGUUUAUCAACAGAGGUGGAAAAUCCAGAUUCAGAAAGUAAAAGUCCUCUCCAGUGUUUUGUUCCAAUCAGCUGGAUUUGCUAAUUAGCAUAAUUCUUCAUUGGAGGAUGUACAAUUAAUUAGCGAAAUCAGCUAGCUGAGUUCAUGGGUGGAAGAACCAUAUGGCAGGACUUUUACUUUCUGACACCUGGGCUUUCCACCUCUGUUUAUCGAUAAUAAUCAACAGAAAUACUUGUAUAUGAUGAAGUCUAAAGUCAUUUAACUGCAUCUAUGAAUGAAGCAGGAAUGCCCUGCUCACACAGAAAAGAGUAAAUGUAAGUGGGUUAUGGGUACAGUGGAGGGAGUUUAAGGGACAGGGAGAUGAAGGGGAAGGACAGGAGACAGUAGUGAGACCCUUUGCACACCUGUCUCACGCUCCUGGGUAAUUUCACACCGUUUGCCCUCUUUGGAAUGCCAGUUGACAUUGCUUGCCGUGUACCAGUUUUGAUGGCUGAGAAAAUAUUUACGAAUCGGUCACAUUGCUAAUUAGCCGCGCCAAUAACUUUUUUUUGUGCAUUUUUGGAUACCGUGGAGGAAAUGGCGGAAUAUGUAAGCUUGUACUAAAGGAAUGCUUUUUAGGUAAGAUUCUGUUACCUUACAAACAUUUUAAUUCCAGUGGUGGAUUCUUAAUGCCGCAUGAAAUAUUUUAAAAUGGUAUAUAUACUGUUAAAACGGAUUAGUUGGUGAUGCCUAACGAAAACGUUUGUAAAAAAAAAAAAAAAAAAUACUGAAUGCAAGCUGAUUGGCUGCCUAGUUACCCCUUGUAUUAUAAGUGAUGCAGCAGCUUUUCAAAUGAAAGUGAGCAUGCUCCAAGACUACAGUUCUCCACUUAGUGCCUCAGCAUGCGAAAGUGUAUCUACAGACCUGUAUACCAAAUUUGUAGCAUAUUUGUAUAAUCCUUACUUAAUGAAUUUGUUUAAACACUGGGCAGCAAAGCUCUUCUCAGUUUUUUAGUGCAAUGAGAAAUUGGAGCACUGCUUAUCAUUUUAAGACAUGCCAUGCCAUGCCAAACACAUACAUUGGAACCGAGAGCCAGUAACUGAACGAUUACCUUCUUAAGUCAUUUUUUAAAACUUAUUAGAACUUUGGAGACCCUGUUUUUUCUUCGCCUACGGCAAAUUGGCAAAUCUGAAAAAAAAAAAAAAAAAACCUGUCGAGUUUAGGACACAGUUAAUAAGAACCUAUUUCUACCAUCUUAAUCUUGUCAGAUGCUCAUUUUGGGGCAGGUUCGUUUCCAUUUGGGCGCCUUGUAAUUUGUGUAGCAGCUAGGACAAAACGUAAUAAUUGAACUGACCAAUGAGACAGCAGUAGUGUGAUGAGAGAUUUAUUCACACAGUUAUGAUCACCUACAGGGUUGGGCCUUGAUUAAAAAAAUGUCCAAUGAACAAUCCCUGUUUUUAUAUGAAUGAAAUUGUUGUCCUCUCAAAUCUCUGGCAUAGACUCCUUUCUUUUUUUUUUUUGAAGAUAGCCUUAUUUGCACCACACGUGUGUUUUCCCCUUGAGAAUGUCAACAUUUUGUUUCAAGUUUUAGUUCAUAUGCUUGGUUAUAAUGACUGACAAGGUAAAUACACGAUAAUUAAUCAUAUGAUAUGAAACAACUAUGACUUAGUUAUGAUUAGGUCAUGUAAAUAGUUUUUGCGUGAGAUUCUCAGUUCUGUUUUUGCAUUGUUCUAUACAAUUUUGAAUAUUCUGUGUCUUACGCUUGGAUAUGAAAUUAAGCAUUUGAUUUGUUCUUGUUUUGACAUCUAAAAGCAGGACUGGGUGGAUUCAUGGAGGGUUACCUCCCUUUCUAUUCCUGAGUUGUUGUUUUUGUUUUUAGAUUCAUAUUAGUUGUUCCUACAACAGUAAUCAUAAUAGUAUCCAGAAAUCAGCUGUUAUUAUUGUGUUAGUGAACUUCCAGAAAACGGUGAUCAAAAAUAAAGGAAAGCCAUCAUUAAGUGGUUUGACAACCAUUGGUAUUGCUCAGAGGUUUAUUGAAACUACACUCAGAACUUUGAGAAGCUGUCGCAUGGAAUAAUAACACAGGGUGGUUAAUAGAUACUUGAGCACAUGGAGGGUGGAAUCUUCUAUUUUAAAGCUUCUGUCUGUUUGGUCAGUAUUACAAAAAAAAAACUGUAUUUUUGUACAUUGACUUGGUUAAAGAUGGAUAACUGAAUCAAGAAUUUAACAAGAUGACGGACGUUUCACUGCAGCUUAUUUGAUAUCUGAUUUGUCUUUAAACUUGAUUGCUUUCAGUUUACCAGAAAAAUUGAAAUGUAAAAUUAUAUAUGGUAUAAUGUAUAUGGUAUAUAUAAUAUAUACAUAUGUGUGUAUGUGUGCCUGUGUGUGUGUGUGUGUGUGCGUGUGUGGGUGCAUGGGUGCGUGCCUGCAUGUGUGUGUGUGUGUGUGUGUGUGUGCGUGAUUGGAGAAAGUAUGUAACUGUCAUUUCUUUCAUUUAUGCUGAUUUUUACUUUUAUUUGUUUUUUACAGGGUUUGCCUGAUUUCAAUUUUGUCUAUUUUUAUAGUGAGUACCGCUGUGGUUAGAGUUUUGUGUUGCUGUAUCUUUUAAUUAUAUGGCAAAUUAAAUAAAAGGACCAAGCUUUUAGUGUCAUUGUUAAUGCGGCUGGAUACGCCAGGCUGCUGUGGUGUUUUCUCAGAAGUGCCAUCCUUGUUCGGCUGCUGGAAGUCGCUCUGGGUUCUUCCAUUUCGAGUCAUUUUUAUCGCUUAUGUGUUUUUUUCUGUUUUGUUGUUGUAAUUAUCUUACAUUUUUCUUAAAUCUUGUAGUAAAUAAAGGUUACUUGCAGUUG